AUAAGUCUAAGAGCUCAGAUGGCCACAGCCAAGCAUCAUUCUUCUCCCUGCUUCUUAUUUCUGUUCUCACUGAUACUCUUCCAGUUUCAUUUGGGCAAAUGUGAUCUUCAACCGAACUAUUACUCUCAAAGUUGCCCACAAGCCGAAGCGAUCAUCAAACGAGAGGUCACCAAUCUGUACUAUAAACAUGGAAAUACAGCUGUUUCAUGGGUUAGGAAUCUCUUCCAUGAUUGUAUGGUUAAGUCAUGCGAUGCAUCUCUCUUGUUGGAGACUGUGAAUGGUAUUACAUCGGAGAAAACAUCUGGAAGAAGCUUUGGGAUGAGAAAUUUCAAGUACGUCCAAACGAUCAAGGCUGCACUUGAGCUCGAAUGUCCCCUGCAAGUUUCUUGCGCUGAUAUCGUUGCUCUUUCUGCAAGAGAUGGUAUAGUCAUGUUGGGAGGACCACUCAUUGAAAUGAAAACUGGGAGGAGGGACAGCAGGGAAAGCCAUGCAACAGUGGUUGAAGACUCCAUCCCUAAUCACAAUGAUAGCAUUUCUCUUGUGCUCUCUCGCUUUCAAUCCAUUGGACUCGAUGUUGAGGGUGUGGUUGCUCUUUUAGGUGCUCACUCAGUAGGUCGAGUUCAUUGCGUCAAUCUUGUACACAGACUCUACCCCACGGUCGACCCAACUUUGGACCCAAACUAUGCAGAAUACCUAAAAGGACGAUGCCCAACGCCAACUCCUGAUCCAAAAGCAGUGUUUUAUGCAAGAAACGACAGAGAAACCCCAAUGAUAUUGGAUAACAUGUACUACAAAAACCUUUUAGGCCACAAGGGCCUCCUCAUUGUGGAUGCGCAGCUUGUUUCUGACCCCACAACAGCUCCUUUCGUACAGAAGUUUGCUGAUGAUAAUGACUACUUCUUCGAACAGUUCACUAAGGCUGUGCUUUUGUUAUCAGAGAACAACCCACUUACCGGAGACCAAGGAGAAAUAAGAAAGGAUUGCCGCUAUGUGAAUAGCAUUUAAGAAUUAAUGCUAUGUGAAAUAAGAAGAACCAACUUGUACCUAAAGUGUUGUGAAAUAGUGAUCCACUUAAUAAAGGGAUGAAUCCUAAUUUAUUGUUCCUUU